AUGAAAGUUUCCGAUAGGCGUAAGUUUGAAAAAGCAAACUUUGACGAGUUUGAGUCGGCUCUAAAUAACAAAAACGACUUGGUACAUUGUCCCUCAAUAACUUUAUUUGAAUCGAUCCCCACGGAAGUGCGGUCAUUCUACGAAGACGAAAAGUCUGGCCUAAUCAAAGUGGUAAAAUUCAGAACUGGUGCAAUGAAUAGGAAAAGGUCUUUUGAAAAAAUUGUCAUUUCCGUCAUGGUCGGGAAAAAUGUACAAAAGUUCCUGACAUUUGUUGAAGACGAACCAGAUUUCCAGGGCGGACCAAUCCCUUCAAAGUAUCUUAUUCCCAAGAAAAUCAACUUGAUGGUCUACACGUUGUUUCAAGUGCAUACUUUGAAAUUCAAUAGAAAGGAUUACGAUACCCUUUCUCUUUUUUACCUCAACAGAGGAUACUAUAAUGAGUUGAGUUUUCCGUGUCCUGGAACGUUGUCACGAAAUAGCGAGUGCCAGGCCGAACGACAGCUCUACGAUGCGUACUUUCACUGA